AUGGUAGAGCCUUCUACGUUGUUGCCGGAGGAGGAUGCAGAGUACUUGUCUCUGUUCCUCUGCCGAAGGCUCUUCGCUGCUGCUGAAGGAUCAGAUGAUGCGAGAAGGUCGGCAACGAUAUCAUCCCCAAGGAUGAGAGAAGCGGCCUGUCGUGCCGCCGCAGCUUCCUCAUCCUCUUCUGUAAUAUUCUUAUCAAAGAUAGUGCUGAAGCUGCUUCAUUUAACGACUCCAUCUCUUGUUGCCACCACAACGCUCGCUCUCGCUGCUGCUGUAGCUGGUUACCUCGUGAUGGUGGUGGUUAUGGACUGA